UUCCUGGCGAGUUUCGGGGGUGGGAAUCAAUGAGGCAGGAAGGCGAAUCUCCGGCCCUCUGAGAAGGCACCACCCAGCCCUCUUGCAGCCUCUCACAUCUGCCGCUGCAGCUUCUUUCCUCUCAGCAACAGGCUCCAAGCAACAUGUCCUUGGGCAGCCUCAUCUUUCUCAUGAGCCUGCUAAGGGCUUUUGGCCUGGGGGACCCGGGUCCUUUAGAAGACGUGGUGAUAGACAGAUAUUACAUCCCUAAAAUCUGCUUGCGAGAAGUCCAGAUGGGGGAUUUCAUUCGCUACCACUACAAUGGGACCUUUAAAGAUGGCAAAAAGUUUGACUCCAGCUAUGACAGAGGCGCCACUGUGGCCGGCGUGGUGGGAGUUGGGCGGCUGAUCACCGGCAUGGACCGAGGCCUCCAAGGGAUGUGCGUAAACGAGAGACGGCACCUGAUCGUCCCUCCUCAUUUGGGUUACGGCAGCUUAGGAGUCGCCGGGCUGAUUCCUCCUGACACCACCUUGUAUUUCGAUGUCAUCAUGCUGGACAUCUGGAAUAAAGAUGACAAGCUGCAGAUCGACACCUUGUACAAGCCAGAGCAUUGUAACCGCACCGUGGAGGACUCAGACUUUGUGCGGUACCACUACAAUGGCACUCUCCUGGAUGGCACCCCUUUUGACUCCAGCUAUGGCAAGGAAGGCACAUACGACACCUACGUGGGAACAGGCUGGCUGAUCAAAGGCAUGGACCAGGGCCUGCUGGGGAUGUGUGCUGGGGAAAAGAGGAGGAUCACCAUCCCCCCAUUCCUGGCCUAUGGGGAGAAGGGCUAUGGCACAGUGAUCCCACCCCAGGCCUCAUUGGUGUUCGAUGUGCUGCUAGUGGACCUGCACAAUCCGAAGGAUGGUAUCGCCCUGGAGCACCUGGAGGUGCCAGAGUCCUGCAGGCGCAAGACUGUGACUGGGGACUUCAUCCGCUAUCACUAUAAUGGCACUCUGAUGGAUGGGACCCUCUUUGACUCCAGUUACUCCCGUAACCACACCUACGACACCUACAUCGGGAAGGGCUACAUCAUCCCUGGCAUGGACCAGGGCCUGCAGGGUGUCUGCGUUGGAGAGAAGAGGAGGAUCAUCAUCCCCCCACACCUGGCAUAUGGGGAGAAUGGAGCAGGUGACAAGAUCCCUGGCUCAGCUGUCCUUGUAUUUGACAUCCAUGUCAUCGACUUCCACAACCCCGAGGACCCAGUGGAGAUUGAGACCCUCUUCCGGCCUGAGGACUGCAAUGUCACAAGCCAGGACAGGGACUUCAUCCGCUACCACUACAACUGUUCCCUGAUGGAUGGCACCAAGCUCUUCUCUUCCCAUGACUAUGACAGCCCUCAGGAAGUGACCCUGGGAGCCAACAAAGUGAUUGAAGGGCUGAACAGAGGCCUCCUGAAUAUGUGUGUAGGGGAGAAGCGAGUGAUCAUCAUACCCCCACACCUGGGACACGGAGAAAAUGGAGCCCGGGGGGUGCCAGGCAGUGCUGUGCUCCGGUUUGAAGUGGAGCUGAUGUCCCGGGAGGACGGAGUCCCAGAAGGCUACCUAUUUAUCUGGCAUGAGGACCCACCAGAGAACCUGUAUGAGGAAAUGGACUUGAACAAGGAUGGUGAAAUCCUACCUGAGGAGUUCAUCACCUUCAUCAAGACCCAGAUAGCAGAUGGAAAGGGCCGUCUCAUGCCUAGCUCAGACCCGGAGAAAGUCAUCGCUGACAUGUUUCAGAACCAGGACCGGAAUCAGGAUGGGAAAAUUACUGCUGACGAACUGAAGCUGAAGACAGAUGAGGAUCAGGAGAGAGUCCAUGAGGAGCUCUGAGGGGCAGCUGGUGCCUCUGCUUCUGCCAACAGAGACAGAACCUCCUUCCCCUCUCCCCUUGGCGCAGGCUGCUUCCCCUCCCAACCAAGCCUGCAUCCAGGCAAGCUAGCCCAGGAAGUGCGGGUCCAGACCCUCUGAAGAUCAAGGUUCUCUCUGGGCAUUUGUAAUUUUUUUUUACUAUUUAAGCGAGUUUUAUUUGAGGAGUCUCAAACAGACCAGCAGAGGGAACACACGCAUGCAUGAGGAAUAUAUACAUUAAGUAAGCAACCAGAGGUUCCCACAUUUUCCGGUUCUUUAUUCCUUCACUGUACCAACAGGCUAGGUCCAGCCACAACCUCUGCUCUAGGCUCUCCCCCACAGCCUAUGCCCUAGGCUGCAGGAGAGCUAUGGGGCAGCUCAUCCCUGGCCCCUGCUUCUCCACAGCUCUUGCAUCCUCUUGCUUUCAGGCCCAACCCAGGCCUUUUCUUUCCUUUUAGUGAGUGACUCUCCCUAUCUUUGCACUCUCUGCUUGUCCCCUCUGAAGCCAGAGAAAAGCCCUUCCAGCCUGCUGUGCUAGGGCGGGGUGUCUCCAGGGCCCUACCGCUGUCAGGCUGGAGGGGAGAGGCCACAUUCUCAGUGCUUGUGGCCACAGACUAGUUCUAUGCCCAGAAAUAGUGCUGGCUGCAUCUCAGCAUCUUAGCGUCCCACUACUUGUCUUAGUGCCACACAUCCUCACUUCAGGUCCCUCUGGGGACAAGCAGUGGUGCUGGGACUCUUUGAACUUGGUAGCAUCCCCCAGCUACUUCAGCUACCCCAAUUUCAGAGCCAGGAGCUCGCAUACAGUCAAGUUGCAAGCUAGACUGUGAAGUUAUUACCCAAGGGCCCCCUCAGGCUAGCCCUGAGGACUUUUCACUACCACUCACCUAAGCCGUCUGAUUCCUCCAGUGACACUGCUUGCGUGCUUCAAAUUGCUGAUCAGGGUAUUCACUGCCAAGUGGGAAAGGCACUUACCAGCUUGCCUACUGGUUGUAGAGCAUUGGCCAGUCAGAAGCUGCUUAGAAGUCCCAGUGCAGGGGGCCAGAUGGAGACAUAUGCAAAACAGUCCCUUUGCUUCAGCUGGAUUCUUCUUGCAGCACAAAUCUAGUAGUCACUCCCAGCACCUUUCCGUUUCCUCCAUAGCAUAGUAACUUAGGGAUUCGCCUCUGGCUGCAGCUUAGAUUGUAUGAAAAAGAAAAGCCAAGGCCAUGAUUUUCCAAACUGGUGUGUUCUGGGGCAGGGAGGGGGGAGGUUGGUUUUGGAUGAGCAACUGGAGACCAUAAAGGGACCUGGGUUUUUUUGGGGUUUUUUUCUGUGGGCAGAUAUUUGGCAUUUCCAGAAAGUUGGGGAUCUUUAAGGGGUCUUACAAUGGGCCCCUGAAAUCACUAGUCCUCAGAGCCCAAACUCUUAUCCCUGGACUCCUCCCUAGAAGCGGGCUGAUUUUUCAAUCCAUCUGAGCUUGCAGACAAAUCCAAUUGAUGCCAAGAACUGAGAUUCUUCAGCCCCCUGGGAAAUCCACCAAUUUCUAUUUAGCUGCUCAAUAGGAUUCAGGAGCCCCAAUGUGAGGCUCCCUGGUUUGCAAACAGUAGCCAGCCCCUCUCCCUGGCCUUUGCAUCAGUUAAAAGGUUUGCAAACAAAGACUGUUGGGAGAGUCUUUGCGCCACCUGCUGGGCAAAGAUCAUGUAUUUGAUCUUUUAUUAGAAGUGCAAGCUCUGUCCAAGAUUAAAAUAAAGUCCUCAAUAGCAAGGUUUACUUUGCACCCAAUAAAAGGAUUCCAUCUGGUUUCCAACA